UUUCAUAAUUCAUUAGUGUACACUGUACAAUGAGCAUAGUACUAUAAUCUAUAUGAGUAAAUCAAUUUUAAAUUCAUACAAAUCUUCUGUUUUCAAUAUUUAUUUGAAUUUAGAAUCAACUUACAAAUUUAGUAUUUGCAGAGUGCAGACUGUGCUACGCUUUUCUUCGAUACUAAUGGCAAACUGGUGGACCCGUGUUGAGUUAUUGAAAGGUAAUCAUGCCUGAUGCAUUUAAGUUGAAAGUUCAAACGCUUAGUACUCUAGUUGAGUUGCAUUGAAUUCCUGGUGGAUGCCAGGUGUCAGUUUAAGGCUUAAAAACUUUGAAGUGAAGGAAUGGAAGAAGUGUACAAAAUACAGAUUCCAGAAAUUAAAUAUGUAUUGGGUUUUGUCUUUGGAGAUUAGGUUUGUUUAGGUUUUAAUAUUUAUUUUCUCAAACCAAAGUACAACUUUGUAAAUACUUUAGAUUUUAAUUGUACUUGUAGUUCUUGGAAGGCAUUCAUUGUAACAUUGGAGCAACUAUCUGCUAUUUAUGUAAUGCUUGUAAUAAUUUUCUCUCUUAAAAAAAUAAACAUAAAAAAUAUGGUAAGGGUCAAAAUGAUUUGAAGUUUAAAUAUUUAAAAAAAACUACACCAUGACUUUAGCAGAAGCUAAAAAAGAUGGUGAAAAUGUCACACUCAGCUCUCAUUUUCUAAUUAAAAAAUCACAAUACAAGUUGUUUUAGUUGAAGCACAUCUGCUUCUGCUAAAAUUUUUCAGUAAACAACAUUUCUUUAUGUGAUUCAGUUUAAAGAAGAAUGUGAUCAGUCUGUGAGCUAUGAAUAUGAAUAUCUCAAUUUAUCUGAAGAUGAGGUAUAAACAAAAAUAUAUGUUGAUUCUAAGUUAGAGCUUUGCCAAUCCAUUGAGACAAUAGAAGAUUUUGGCUAAAUGGAAUUUUAUCAUCAUAGACACCUGUGACCUUUUUAAUGUAUUAAAUCUGUUUUAAGAUAUUUUUAAUAUUUACUCUUAGUUGGUCUAGUUUAACAAUAAUAAUAAAUCAUUUAUUUGCAACAAAGUGGUACAUUUAUAUCGAUCAAUUAUAAAAAUCCACACAAAAAUAGGCAAAUGUCACAUUAAUUUUUAUUUUAUUUUUAGAUACAUAUGUUAAACAGGUUUUAACAGUGCUAAUGUAUUUAUUUUUAUUCUGUUGAAUAACGAUGUUUUGUUUGGGCUCUAGAACUAAUUUGAACUAUAACAGCAUCACUUCUAGAGUAUGUCGAGAGUGCAACAGACUUCGAUUUCUCCAGGGCGAACUGUACCGUUCAAGGCCUAGGUGUGCAUACGCACCCUGACUGGGACUGUUGAAGCGAGUAUAACCCACUCAUUCAAUAUUGGGCUAUACAGCGAUUCGGUCGGUUCCGCAAAAAGGCUUAAUUGAUCAUUUCAUUUGAAUUAUAUACAAUGUCGUUUUUGACGGAAAAAACAGGUUUCAAAACGGUUCGUUCAUUCCACGAUCACGACCCCUCCUUCCCGACAAAAAACCCGGUAUGAGGCCCCGACAAGUCUUAACGGAUCGGGAUGAUCCAAUGACGAUAGCUGUCAACAAAAGGAUUGCCGCCCGCGCGGCCAAGCAAAUCGGCUAAGCCGAGGAGAAGACCUAGGAAAUAGCCCAUUCCGACAUUCAAGACUGAUUCGAGCUGAGCUGUCAAGGCCCUUCAGGCCAACGGCGAGUUUCCAUAAAAAACAACGAUCACAGAACUAGUGUCUGGUGUCAUUACGUACGUGAGGUUAAUUUUCGCACACUACUUUGAUGUAGCAUUUUCGCACUUAUUAAACGUCAGUUGUGUUAACCCGUAAUUUUUGCAAAAAAGAUCAACCCCGUUCACCUUAAAUUGUCAAAAAGCGAAAGUUGGCUACUUUGCAUAAUGACAAAAUACACAAAUUAUAAGUUAAGUUUGAAGAUUAGCGUCAGUCAAUAAAAUAACAGCGGGUCGUUUAGGCCAACACGAAGGCUGCGCGGCCUCUCGCAUGUGGCGCUCGGCGUGCGCGACACUGCGCGCGACGCACGCAGACCGCGGAUGGGCAGAAGUCUCGGCCGCCUCGGCGCCGGACUCCGAGUGGCACUCGCUCACCAACUGCGUGGCCUACCAGGCCGGGGUCUGGCAAGGCCUGGUGCUCAAAGGGAUGGAGGACGCCACUCACCCGGCCGCCUUCCGCCUCGCAGUCGUGCUCCGGCACACGCCGCCCGAGCUGGCGCUCAGGCUGGUGGCCGAAAAGUUGAGGACGCACCCGCAGGCGCAAGAGCUCACGUCGUACAUCGUCUCCCUCUUGACGGACGACUCCCCCUGGUGCGAGUGCAACGCAGACGACUCUCAGUACACCGCUCCUCUCAGAGACCUGCUGCUGUUCGGUGACUGCGAGACCGCGGUGCUGGCCGCGUCCCGAGAGGAGUACGACGCCCACGCCAAGAGGCAGAGGGCCGCCUACAGCACCAUUGCUCCUCGUCACUACGUGGAGCUCAGAAUCAAGAUACUGAACCAGCUGAUCCAAUUGCCGAAGAUCUACCAGACCCCGGAGUUCGAAUGCUUCGAAAGCGCCGCGAGGGAAAACGUCGACAGAGAGAUAUGCACUCUUCGAGAACAUCUUCUCACCGGAAGACAUGACUAGCAGUAUUGGACUCCACAAGAUUAGGAGCCACUUUCCUAAUCUUGGUGUAGAAAGGACUAUUAUUCGGAGGUGUUGUACACUAUCGAAAACAGUGAGAGUGAUUAAGGCUUAUUGAGUACUAAGUGUAUGUGAGUGGCAAGUAUUGGUAUUGACAAGGCAAGAUGACAGACCGUUCUUUAUGAUGGGUUUUCCUAUCAGUUUAGAUGAUUUUGAAGAUCUGUGAAGUUAUACUUGUCUAACAUUAUCUAUAGCUUAGCCACAGAAGACUGAUCACUUAAUAUAGGCAUAUAAAGAACUUUAAAAAGGUAACUGAUAUAGAUAUAUCUAUCUGAUAGAUAUCUCUAUAUCUAUAGAUAUCUAUCUGAUACCAAAAAAAUUUAAAAUGCCUAUUUAGCUGUAGACCCUAGAGGUCUGUAGUAUACCUCAUAUUAUUUAUUUAUACUCAUUUAGUAAAUUUACCGCAAAAAGCUUACUUAUUAAGAUAUAAGUUAUGUUUAAUAAGAGAAUUCUAAAGAUAAUUAUAGAAUGUGUAUUAACUUUUAAAUUAAAGUUAUAGUUAAUAAUAUAUAAAAAAAUAGGUAUUAAUUAAAUUAUAGGUAGGUGUGUAGCCCAUCUUUGUAGACUAAUAAAUAUUUGAUGUUC